AUGGGAAUCAAGCAUGGGCUACUAGAGACCUACUCUGUCCCAGAAUUCUCAUGGGGAGACAAGCAUGGGCUACUAGAGACCUACUCUGUCCCAGAAUCCUCAUGGGGAGACAAGCACGGGCUACUGGGGACCUACUCUGUCCCAGAAUUCUCAUGGGGAGACAAGCAUGGGCUACUGGAGACCUACUCUGUCCCAGAAUUCUCAUGGGGAGACAAGCAUGGGCUACUAGAGACCUACUCUGUCCCAGAAUCCUCAUGGGGAGACAAGCAUGGGCUACUGGGGACCUUCUCUGUCCCAGAAUUCUCAGGGGGAGACAAGCAUGGGCUCCUGGAGACCUACUCUGUCCCAGAAUUCUCUUGGGGAGACAAGCAUGGUCUGCUGGGGACCUACUGUGUCCCAGAAUCCUCUUGGGGAGACAAGCAUGGUCUGCUGGAGACCUACUAUCUCCCAGAAUCCUCUUGGGGAGACAAGCAUGGUCUGCUGGGGACCUACUGUGUCCCAGAAUCCUCAGGGGGAGAUAAGCAUGGGCUGCUGGGGACCUUCUCUUUCCCAGAAUUCUCAUGGGGAGACAAGCAUGGUCUGCUGGAGACCUACUAUCUCCCAGAAUCCUCUUGGGGAGACAAGCAUGGUCUGCUGGGGACCUACUGUGUCCCAGAAUCCUCAGGGGGAGAUAAGCAUGGGCUGCUGGGGACCUUCUCUGUCCCAGAAUUCUCAUGGGGAGACAAGUAUGGUCUGCUGGAGACCUACUAUCUCCCAGAAUCCUCUUGGGGAGACAAGCAUGGUCUGCUGGGGACCUACUGUGUCCCAGAAUCCUCAGGGGGAGAUAAGCAUGGGCUGCUGGGGACCUACUAUCUCUCAGAACCCUCAUGGGGAGACAAGCAUGGUCUGCUGGAGACCUACUAUCUCCCAGAAUCCUCUUGGGGAGACAAGCAUGGUCUGCUGGGGACCUACUGUGUCCCAGAAUCCUCAGGGGGAGAUAAGCAUUGGCUACUGGGGACCUACUGUGCAAGGGAACAUCUACAGGAUUACGUUAAUAUGUCUUGA